AUGGUCAGAAUUCGAGGAGCUGUCUCUGGGGGUCGGGGAGAGCCCGACCCCAGAGUCACAAUCACAACCCGAAAAACGACCCCGCAAGGCGAGGACAAGUCUCAGGAUAAACCCGCCAAUGUGCUUGAGGGCAAGAGACAGAGGAAGCCGAAGAAGGCCUUCAUCAAUAACAUCAUUGCUAAUGCCUCGAAGCACAGGCUUCACGUUGAGGAUAUGCCUCCUGUGCCAACCUCCUUUAAAGCCGCGAUGGCUUCGGAAUACGCCUCCCAAUGGAUAAUGGGGAUGGGGCGUGAAAUUGAGGACCAGAUGAAGCUCGAAACGUGGACCAAGGUGGCCAGAAAGAUGGUUGAAGAAGCCGGCCACUUCAUAAUCCCGUUGCGAUGGGUAUAUGCAUAUAAACUGGAUGAGCAGGGCUACGUCACUCGCUUUAAAGCCCGACUUGUGGUCCGUGGAGACCAGCAGCCGGAAGACAACGAGGACACAUACGCGGCCACACUACGAGCAAGAACCUUCAGAGUGUUAAUGGCCCUCUGCUGUCUUGAAGACCUUGAAACAGAACAGUACGAUGUGAAAACAGCGUUUCUGUAUAAUAAGCUCAAGCAUGCCAUCUAUUGUCAGAUGCCACCAGGCUACCUUGAGCCUGGGCUAUGCUUGAAGCUUCUCAAGGACUAUACGGGCUUCGAAUCGCUCCAAGGCUGUGGUUUGAGGAGCUCGGCUUCUUCAAGAAGCUGGGCGCUCAACAACUCGUCGAAGAUGCCUGCGUGA